AUGAGACGAGUGAUACUUCUGCUUUGCAUAGUAGCAAUAGCUAAUGCAAAGCUGUUGAAGAAAAGAGAGUCCCAGCAAACACAGGACAUAAAACCUUUCCAACAUAUCCAACAGCAACAGGUAAAAGAACCAACCCCACAACAAACUGUUCAAGAGCAACAAUCCCAACCGAGACCACAACGACCACAAAUCAAAGGUCCUCCGGAAACGAAGAUCCAACAAGGACCUCCACGACCACAAAUCAAAGGGUUUCAGCAAACACCUCAACAAGCUCAGAUUAAAGGUCCUCCGGAAACGAAGAUCCAACAAGGACCUCCACGACCACAAAUCAAAGGGUUUCAGCAAACACCUCCACAAGCUCAGAUUAAAGGUCCUCCGGAAACGAAGACCCAACAAGGACCUCCACGACCACAAAUCAAAGGGUUUCAGCAAACACCUCCACAAGCUCAGAUUAAAGGUCCUCCGGAAACGAAGACCCAACAAGGACCUCCACGACCACAAAUCAAAGGGUUUCAGCAAACACCUCCACAAGCUCAGAUUAAAGGUCCUCCGGAAACGAAGACCCAACAAGGACCUCCACGACCACAAAUUAAAGGGUUUCAGCAAACACCUCCACAAGCUCAGAUUAAAGGUCCUCCGGAAACGAAGACCCAACAAGGACCUCCACGACCACAAAUCAAAGGGUUUCAGCAUUUGAUCAAACACCUCCACAAGCAAACACUUCUACAAGCUCAGAUUAAAGGUCCUCCGGAAACGAAGACCCAACAAGGACCUCCACGACCACAAAUCAAAGGGUUUCAGCAAACACCUCCACAAGCUCAGAUUAAAGGUCCUCCGGAAACGAAGACCCAACAAGGACCUCCACGACCACAAAUCAAAGGGUUUCAGCAAACACCUCCACAAGCUCAGAUUAAAGGUCCUCCGGAAACGAAGAUCCAACAAGGACCUCCACGACCACAAAUCAAAGGGUUUCAGCAAACACCUCAACAAGCUCAGAUUAAAGGUCCUCCGGAAACGAAGACCCAACAAGGACCUCCACGACCACAAAUCAAAGGGUUUCAGCAAACACCUCAACAAGCUCAGAUUAAAGGUCCUCCGGAAACGAAGACCCAACAAGGACCUCCAAUGAUAAAAUCUCCACGCGAGCAGGUGAAAGGAGUUUCUCAAACUAAAGAACAACAGACCAUAGAACAAACAAAGGGCUAA